CUUAACAAGAAUACCCAUUACUUGAGCUUUAUCGAUGAAUAUGAGCUCUGUAAUAGCACUUUUAUUUGCGGUUAUUAUUACAUCAGUGUUCGCGUCGACAGUGAGGUUUUCCCCAUACRCUGUAAAAGACUACACCUUACGCAGUUAUCCAUACACAAAGAAAAACAACGAGGACUGGYUAAGCUGUAUCUUGGCUUGUACUCAAGAUUCUUCUUGCUUGUCGUACGACUUUCAGUACUUGGAGGAAACGGACGGGCUUUGUGAGUUGUACGAUUGCGGACUGCAAAACCAGACGUCUGUCGCGAGAGAGCUUGUUUAUUCUCAUGGAGUUGUAUUUCAGCAACUUAGACCAGCAACGGUUAAGCAAAGAUGCAUACCGGCUUUGAUUUCCAACAACUGCAACUAUAACGAAUGUAAGAAUGGGUCAACUUGCGUUGAAAGAGUUGAUGGUUACGCGUGUCAGUGUCCGCCGGGCCUAACAGGUUGGGACUGCAGUGCAGAAGUCGACGAGUGCGCAAGCAGACCUUGUCAAUACAAUGGCUCUUGUACUGAUUUGUUCAAUGACUAUAACUGCUCRUGCGCAAGAGGAUUUACCGGAAAAAGCUGCGAAAUAAAUAUCAAUGAAUGCCUGAGCACACCAUGCUAUCACGGUGCGACAUGUAUUGAUUUGGUUGAUGGAUAUCAAUGUAAAUGCGUGCCAGGAUAUGCUGGACCGAAAUGCGAAGCACAUAUCAAUGAGUGUAAUAGCAACCCAUGCGGGGCUCAUGGCCAAUGUACCGACCUAAUCAAUGCAUAUAAAUGCACAUGYAAUGCUGGAUAUACUGGGUCUGCCUGUCAGUUUGAUAUUGAUGAAUGUCUAAGCGAACCUUGUAAAAACGGCGGUACUUGCACUACUAAUAAUGUCAACAGCUUCACCUGCACAUGCGUACCUGGCUUCAUUGGUAAAAUGUGCGAAACAGAUGCAAAUGAAUGCGCCAGUCAGCCAUGUCAGAAUAACGGGACGUGCAURGACGGUAAAAACUCCUUCAAAUGCCAAUGCAACCCUCAUGGAUACAGUGGGUUACACUGCGAAAAUAAACAUGUUGGUAAAUGUGAAAAUGAUCCAUGCAGAAAYGGUGGUUCAUGUCAUAGCAAGGGAGAAUUGUUCUGGUGUGACUGUCCGCCUGGUUACUAUGGUUACACAUGCGAACCGACUAUCGACUAAGGAUAAAAAAAGCGGAAGAUAAACAUAAUAAUAACAGAAUAUAAACACCCAAGAAGAAAUAUCAAUUGUACAAAAUAAUGCUGAAUUAUGGUGACUUUACCGUUAUGGUGGUUUUCAACGAAAUGUGCCGAUAUUGAUAGUUACUACGCCCUUAAAAAAGCGUUUCGUUUAGUUGGAAUAUAAUAGAUAAGGAAUAUAAUAGAUACUAUAAUAUUAAACACCGACUCAUAGUAAGAUGGGGACACGAUUAACUAUUACUUAAUUAGUACUCGGCAAUUUACCACUACAGUGUUGAGCAUUGUGUAUUUUUYAUUUCUGCAGUCAAAGAUUUGAAAAAUUUCAAAAUUAARUACUUUAGUCACCUUUGCGAUCGUUUGUGUUUGUUUUACAAAUGAACWGCYGUUUAAAAUGGCUUUUUAUUUGGUUAMAAAAUGGCUUAUGUACAUGCGAGUGAAUCGCGCAAAGGCUGUCGGAUGCUCGCAGUCCUUUAAAUAAUCGAUGUUUUMCUGAUAAAGAGUGACAGUCCAAAAAGAAGUAUAUGCCAUUUGGACUUUCUUUCUUCGCUUAGUUAAAAUGUACAAAGUACGAAAAUUUUCAAGAGUAAGCUAAUAGUAUAAUAGGUAAACAGACAGAGUCUGAGUAAAAAAUUUUAACUAAACAUUUUACUACUAGUGGGAUAGUGRAUUAAAGGAGACAUUAUAAGUAGUACUGUAUAAGGUAUUUGUCUUUUUAUUAAUUGUCGACAAUAUUUCACAGUAUAAAAUUAAUAAAUAAAUAAAUGGAUAAAAAA